GUUCGCGACAGUUUACUCGUUCCAUUUCGGUUUGGUUUUUUUUCUUGUAGUUUGAUAAACAUUGCGAACUGAUCGUAACGUUUGAACACACUCCAAACGAAACAAGUUUGUUUUUUAUUUGCAUUUUUAAAAAUAAAUUUAUUUUGUUUUAAUAGCCAUUUGCAAAUAAUAACUUAAUGAACUGGAAGUGCAAGUACUUAAUAGCGUAGCAAACUUUAAACUGAUAUUGCACUACGUUUGUCUUACACUGAACGAGUUGCGCAUAUGCACUGCACUGAAUUAGGCAUUCAUUACAAUAUUCAUAAUUUACUUUUUGAAAGUUUGCUCGGAUGGAUUUCAAUUUAUUUGAUCUAGAUGAAGAUGAUAUUUUAUUAGCAUCAACAACAAAUAGCAUAGAACCUACUCAAGCGACCAACAUUAGUGACAAUGAGAUUCUUGAACUGCAUUGUCAAGGUCCUGAUACUUUAACUUCGCAAUUUUCUGAAGAUGGUUUUGUACGCAAUGGUUUUUUAAAUAACUAUUUACUUGAAAAUAAACAAAUUAUAGACGAUAUUAGUCUCACGGCUUAUAAAUUGCAAUGGAAACAUAUACAUGGCAGUGCAGUGUGUCGGUUCCUUUUCGGCGAAGCCUGCAUGAAUAUUCAACACUUGGUCGCAAGUACAGAAAAUCCUUUAAAUACACCGCAAAACAUAGAAUACUGUCAAAAACGCCGUGAAGUUACCAGGUUGAUGCAUUUGUUAUUACGAAACUUACAGAAGGAUCAAUGGCCUCUUAUGCGCACGCAUUUAAUUCGGUUAAGAUCUCUAAUAAAUAGCGUUACACAAGAGGACGACUUGAAACAUUUGUAUUUUGCCAAUAGCUGUAAAGGCAACGAUUGCCAUAUACCCGCCUAUCAUUUAUUGCAUGGAUCAAUGGAAUGGAAAUUUUUAGAUUUAUGCCUGCUCUAUAAAUACGAAUGGAUACCAAAUUCAACUUAUGAAAAUCGAGAAGAAGAAGAAGCAAAAAACUCUCUUCACGAUUUCCUAAAUCAACUGGAGCGUUUUGUAGAAGACUUGGCUGCAUGCUCUGUGUUCAUAUUUAAGAAAAAAUGUUCAGCCGAGUUAUUAUUUUCAUCUCCUUUUCCAUGUUGCUGUUUUAAAGAGUUAUGGUUACUUGUACAGUUGUCUUUAGAAAAAUGGUCAUUAUGUUUUUUAGAAGAGCAUUUAACGUUUUGGAAGCUAUAUAAUAGAGUUAUGGAAAAUGUUAAGAAAAAAUUAGACAUUUACUCUUUGAAUUCAUUAACUUAUUGUGAAUUUUCGAACUGGCUCCUAAAUGCUUUGGUGCGUUUGCAUGGCUAUCGUUCGAACGGUUUAUUUGAAGGACCCCAAUAUGCACGUGCGUUAACAGAAUCGAAUGAAAAUUUUGAAUUUUGCGACCGGAUAACACAGGAAUUUCUACGAAACAACCCUCAGGAGGAACAGCUACGCGUCUAUAUAGCUUUGCUAACGCCCACUUUAUUGCAAUGGUGGCCAGCCAAAGUGCAAAUACCUAUGCUGUUAUGGGAACAUUUUCAUAAAAAACUCAAUUCUUCUUUCUACGUUCCGGGUGGUGUGCCCAGCAAUUUGGCCGUGACCUGUUCAACUGGCCGAACUUAUGUGGAUAAAUAUAGAGCGCUGUUGCAAAAAAAGCCGGACGUCAAUCUUGCCAGUUUUACCUUAUUUAACGUGCUGCUAGGGAAGUUAUUGGAACGAUUAUCGACCUCACAAGCCAACCAUCAAGCUCAGAAACUUUUAGGACGCAUUUACGCGAAAUUCAGUGCACAAAAGUUUUUGACUCUAAAUGAAACCGGUAUACAUCAUCUUAUUGAAUUGUUUUUGCUUUUGGCUCUUAAUGGAGAUUUCAACGAUUUGGCUCCUAAGCUGCGAGACAAAUUACUAGCCUUGCAGUUUGAUAAAAUAACUCCAAAUAAACAGAUCGCGGUAGCCAAGGGUCAUAUGGCCUUGUGGAUUUUGCAUGCCGAAAAUCGCAGUGAUAUGACAGAUUAUAUUAAAAAAGUUUUGCAGCAAUUAAACAGCAUAGGUAACGAUUUAGCUGUUUCGAAAAUCAUAGCUGAUACUUUACUAGAUAUCUACCAGCUAACUGACGAUUUUCAGCUUGGCGAGCAUUUGCUUAUUGGUUCAUGGAUACCCAACUUUCUUAGCAAUUGCUUGCCUGUGGAGCAAAAGCUUACGUUCGAAGCCUUGCAUUUGAUAUUUACGAAAUUGCAAUCAACUGAAAUUUAUCUCGAUUCAGGCAAUCAACUAAUGCAGGCCUUACACAGCUUCAUAUUGCCAUUCGUUAAACAACAGUUUUUGACAAACAGUAGCCAUUUCUUGGCUCAAUUGGCUGCUGACUUUUGCAUUUGUUCUCCUUUAAAUCAGGAAACACAAGGUUUUCGAAAGCUAUUUACACAUUUUACCGAGGCACAGUGUAUUAACCGCGGCACUCAACUAAAUUUCUUAUUGAAAAUUCUCGUCAGCGAACGUAAAUCACUGGUGGAUUCUUCUAUAACGAUGCAAAUUUGGUUGAAAAGUUUAGUUCUGUUAACGCAUAGCCAAGAGGAAGUAAAAGAAUUAACUAAAAUCGUUGUGCAACUGGCAGACUAUCAAUAUAUCACUAAUAAUGAUGCGGGCGAUUUGAUGGAAGCGAAAGAACCUUUAUACAAUUUUAUAGCAGCGAUAGGCAGAAAUUACCAGGAAUCGUUAGAAGAUCAACAAAAAUGCCUACGUUUAACUCAUAAUUUCAAUCUCUACAUACGCAAUUUUGACAAGUGGUUAGUGUCGAUCGAUUCGAAGUUUGAGAAGCUCGAUAUAUUAUUUCGCUUUUAUAGCUUCCUGGCCAUAGUUAUAUACAAUUGUCCUCAUAUGAUUUACGUUAAAUCGAAAAUAACUUGUUUUUUGCAUAUUGCUAUUACACGAUAUGUCUUACCUACCACUGUUCAAAUGGGUAAAGCACCUGAAGGCAAAUUAGCGCAAUUGGUGCAUAAAGUGUGGCCGGUGGUGGUGCAGGGAAUAGGUCAGCUGAAUUUCAAAACUGACGGAUAUAUAAACAAGACCUUAACUGAUCUUAUUCAGAAAUGGACGCCACAUUUUAAAAUCUCACCCAAUUCGAAAUUGGUAGCACGUCCGUUUAUCAUCUGCUUGCAGGGACAAAACCAAGAGCUCUCUUUAUUCGUUUUCGAGAAACUAACAACACUCUUUUUAAAUACGCAACGUCGACAGGCGGAUCCUUACGCUUGCCUAGUCAUUACAAUAUUUCAAGAAAUAGUUGACGCCUUCUGUCAACGAGAUGAUCCUUUGAACGAGCAGCGUUUAUCGUUAUUUAUCAAAGGUACUUGCUUGGCUACUCUAUGCCACAUUAUGAUGGUUGAUGAAUUAGUACCCAGUCGUACUUUAUUGCUUGCGCUAUUUCAACGUCUUCUAAAUUGCGAUUUAUUUCGCAAUUCCAAAUCACUUAAGGAGCUCUUUCUACAACAAUUGCGCACUUUAACCAAAAAGCAUUUAGCGUAUUAUACGUUUUUUUAUUUUGACCUAUUAAUGCAGUUAUCGCAAAUCUCUCCUGAAUUAAUAGCCGACAUUAUGGAUUAUCUAUUGGCCGAAAUUAUGAUAGUCGAACAGAAGCGUGGCGUAGACGAAGACAAUCGUAUACGCCAGUGUUUACUGAAAUUACAACAAAGUGUUAAAGUGAGUAAAAAAUGAAAAGUAAAAAAACAGAGGGCCACAAUUCACUCUCAAAGUAGUAAUGCAAAGAAUGAAAAGAAUUAGUAGACGUUGACUACGAAAAUGUCAAAUCCUUUCACACCUCCCGUGAAAUCUAUGUAAGUUCUUUGCUUCAGCUUUUUUUUUUUUUUUUUUUUUUUUUU